AAUUCCAACUUGACCAAUUCUAGAACGUAAACACGUAAUUUAUUGAAAGCAAGAACACGAGAAUAUUCGAAAAAAAUCAGGUACUCGGAGAUGCACGAGUGGAUCGUUUGUCACUUCGAAACAUUUUACACUGUUUAUUAUGUAUGAAAAUAAACAAUCGAAACGGAGAGCGUGCACGGUAAAAAGAACGUCCCCAAACAUAGGGGAGGCGGUACGCUCGCUCGCAAAGAACUGGUAGUGACGUCACACCAUCCUCGUCUCUUACGUUCCGUAACCCGCGGUGUCCAUCAGCCGACUGCGAUGAGUUUAGUUUUGAAAACAAGAGGCUGGUCGCCGCUCGUUGGCCGCGCUCGCGUCUAAACGAAAGCUCGAGGCAGAGUCAAAGCUCGGUGAUACGGAAGAUUGUGCCGUACUCGUGUCUUGUGCGUGCCUCGUUUCGUCUGGUAUUUUCUCCCUUUUCGGAAAAACGUGACGAAAACAUGGACGCCCUUCGCGAGCAAGUGAUGAUCAAUCAGUUCGUACUGGCCGCAGGUUGUGCCAGAGAGCAAGCGAAACAGUUGCUGCAGGCGGCACACUGGCAAUUCGAGACUGCCCUCAGUAUUUUCUUCCAAGAGGCUGCGAUACCUCCAUGCGCGCAAGGACCUGGUACGCAUUUCGGCCAAAUAACGCCCUGCAACACACCGGCCACGCCGCCAAAUUUUCCUGACGCGCUUCUCGCGUUCUCCAAAAUGUCCGCAGGAGAGAAAACUCCCUCGGGAAUGUCCCCGAGUCAGAACGGAUUGCACCAAAACUCGAUGCAGAUGGGGUCGACGGCGCAACAUCACGGUGGCCGGUGUAGCGUGACCGGGAACGCGCAACAACAGACGCAGAGUCAACAACAAUUUGGCCUAGGCGAGCCGCAGAGAUAAAAGAAACUGGUCACUCGGCGGCCCCGUGCGCGUGAUCCCGAGAUCGCUAUGCGAUAUGCACGUUAACGGCGUUUAAAAGAGGAUGCAAUGGUUUCACGAAAAAAAUCUACUGCUCCCAAGAGUUACGCGCUGUUACGACACGAGCGAUUAUACCCCGAGAUUCGCACACGCUCGUAUCCUCAUCCUCAAAAGGACGCAUGAUUUCCUUAAAGAUACGCGCACACGCGUAUGCGCACCGAAAAGAGGUUAGAUUUAUUUAGCGCGUGCGCGCGGGUAGAAGAGGCGAUCUCCGUAAAACGGUCCAUCGCAUCGAAUCAUGGUGUAUAUGGAUCUCUAGUAGCCGGUUACGACCCUCGAUUGUUUGUUGUUCUUUGAUGGUGCAUCGAAUGUCAAAUCGUGUGAUCGACCAAGCCUCCCGGAGCUCUCGUAACCAUUUUUCUUCCGUCGAUAUACGUGUAUGGUAUGUCAAGUGAUGUACCCAGAACGCGAGAGCAGAGGCUGCAAAGACUAUUAUCUUAUUUUUUUUUUUUUUCUCACCUUUAAAACGCGCUGGGACGGUUAGUUCCUACAAUUAUGAAAGACAGCGAUACUCCUUUAGCGUUUAUAAAACAAAAGUUAGUAUGCAUCCAGAAUGCCGCUUGAUUGUAAAUGAGUAGCGAGAAGCCUCCUCCACCGUCCCGGGUAUCUUCCUCGUUGUUUCUCGAUCUACAGACUCGCGGCUAGAUAGGAAACAUUUGCGGUCCGAGUACCGCGGAAGUCAAAUGAGAAAUUUAAUAUCACUUCCACGUCAUAGUACAAAAAAAAUUGCCGGCACUGGAUAGCGUUUAGCGAAGAAAGUUAGGUUUCUUAUUUUGUUAUAGACGAACCCAGAAAUAUUACAAAUCUAAUUAAAUUCUAUUUAACAUCGACUGAUUAACAGAUCGAAAAAGAACUCGACGAAACUUGUAUUUCUUGUCGCCCUAUUUUCGAACGAUGAUCGAACUUGAUCAAGAGAUCGACACGAAAUCUGAUAUUGUUCUGUUUUGUUUUGUAACGAUAACGUGUAAACGAAUUAUUCAUGCUCGUCGUGAAGCGAGCGACGAAUAAAAGAAGAAAUACAAGAGGCUAAUCAUAGUGAACAAGAAACUACCACGAAUUAUAGUUAUGUAAAAAAAUGUAAAAAUGAACAUAUUCAUUAUGUAAUGUCCAUUAGAUGUAUUUAUAUAAAGUUAUUGUUUAAAAAAUUACGAAUUUCCAAUCGUUAUUCACAACAGAGAGAUGACUUGCUCAGAUUGUGGUAUCCAGUGUGGGUCAUUUUUUUUUUCUAUUGGGAAAAUAAGCAGUGGAGCCAUAUUAGCUGAGCUGUUUCAUCGUCAAUUGAAUUUACAAAAUACGAAUUACAAAUAGAGAUUUCGUACUGCCUGUUUCACGUAUAAAUGAUUUCAUCAUAGAAUUUUCAUAUUAUUCGCAGAAAUUCUUGUACGGCAGCUUGCAUAAUUCACCGCAGAUCAAUAUACAAUAAAAAUGAUUUUUCAUUCAAUCAUCUUUGUUUAUAGUAUGCCAAUCAAUAACGUAAUGCUAAAAUUUAUUUACAUUUUUCGCUCGAACGAUUGUUUUCCACAACAGUGUAUUUAAUCUCACAGCGCAUCUACAAUUCGUAUUUAGUUUGAGAGACAGUGUGAAAGAAAAUAUUACAAAUGGAUGAUAGGUAUCCAACAAUGAAGCUUUGCUGUGAAAAAAUUUAUCUAAAGUUCAAUUAAUCCAGUCAUAGUUUGUAAAUUGUUUACACACAAUUUAUAAUCGUAGCUUCGAAAAAUGCAGUAAAAGAUACUGUGAUCAAGUGUAAACUAAUUUUCAUGGAUGGAAUAGUUCAAAUAUUCGAGUUUCGCUGCAGCUUCAUCACUAUGCAUUCAUUUAUGUAAAUAUGACAGAAUUAUGGUCAUACAGAAUUUAGUACGACGAGAUGUUUUUCUGUAAGGUGUAUACGCUUUAAAUAUCUUCCCUGUGUUUGUAACGUAUAGACCAGUGUCCCGAAAUUUAUUUACCGCAAAAUAUAGUUUAUGUGUUAUACUUUGUUGUUGUGACCUGAUUGUAAAAUGUGUAUAAUGUAUUGAAAUUACAUUGGCGUGAUACAAUAUUUUUUUAGAAGAUAUUUUGUUUGUCCUAGAGGCACACAAAUUCCGGAACACUGGUCUCGACUAUUAUGAAAAUACUAUUAUGUUA